UUUCAUUGAUCUGUUAACAUGUCGGGUGCUCAUUCACAGUCGAGUGGUUCAUCUGACCCUCAAGAAUUUCAUAUAACGACAACCAUAACCCAUAGAAAUGGUUCAGAUGUUGAAAAAUCAAAGGAUGAAACUCACGACUAUAUCGAAGGUGAUCCUUCGUUAAUGACAAAUUCUCCUUAUCCAGAAGUCAGAGCUGCUGUUUCAACGGAAAUCGACCCUGAUAUUAACUUGUUUCAUUGGAGAGCUUUUCUUCUCACCACUAUCUUGGUGAUUCUUUUUGCUGGGGUUAAUCAGUUUUUUUCUCUCCGUUAUCCAUCUUUAACCAUUAGUUACGUGGUUGGUUUGAUCAUUGUGUAUCCAGUCGGUAAAGCUUUAGAAAAAUUACCAGAUAUCCGGUUCAAGUAUGCCCCGUUUUUUAACUUGAAUCCAGGUCCAUUUUCAACCCAAGAGCAUUCUUUGAUUGUCAUUGUUUUAUCAGUAACAUCCUCCAGUGCUUAUGCGAUGAAUAUCUUGUUGGCUCAGGCAGAAUUCUAUAAACAGGAUCUUUCUCCAGGUUAUCAAAUUUUGUUAGUAUUAUCUUCUCAGUUGCUUGGACUUGGGGCCUCUUACAAUACUAGACGUUGGAUAGUUGAAGAUCAUCAUAUGACUUGGCCACAAAAUUUGGUAACGGCAACUGUUUUGACCACUAUUCGAAACUCAAAAUUGGCUGAAAAUAUUCAUAUUCCGAACUUUAAUAUCUCGAGGUACCGCUUGUUUCUCUACUUAAUGAUCUUCUCCUUUGUCUUUUAUUUCAUUCCAGGGUUUUUGUUUCAAGCAACCUCAUUAUUCAAUUGGAUUUGUUGGAUCAAUAAAGAUAACAUUGUGGUCAAUCAAAUCUUCGGUACUUCAAGUGGAUUGGGAAUAUUCCCAAUUACUCUCGAUUGGACUAUGAUCACUCAGGCUUUGAGCAUAUCUCCCCUUGCUACUCCAUUUUUCGCCACAGCCAACAUUUAUGCUUCCGUAUUCAUUUUUUUCAUUAUUGUCUUGCCUUGUCUUUAUUAUACUAAUGUUUUUUACGCAAAAUAUCUCCCAAUGAUUAGUACAACAUCAUUUGAUAACAAACAGCAAACUUUCAAUGUUACCAGGCUAUUGAAAGGGGAUAGGAUUGACGUGAAGGAAUAUAAAGAGUAUUCUCCUCUUUUCCUUCCAUAUUCUUACCUUUUAUCCUAUGCUUUAAAUUUUGCAGCAAUCUCUGCUGUUUUCGUCCAUACCGCUUUAUACAAUGGUAAAUCUAUUUGGGGCCGUCUUAAAAAUCCAACCCAUGGGGGUGAAGAUAUUCAUGUUCGCUUAUAUAAGAAACAUUUUAAGCAAAUUCCAUGGUGGUGGGCUGUUCUUAUAUUCUUAAUCUCCUUAGGGUUGGCUUUUGCAACCGUUUCUGGCUAUUCGAAAGAAUCAAAGACUUCACCUAGUGCAGUAGUACUUCUGGUUGCUGUAAGUUUGGUGUUUUUCAUUCCUCAGGGUGUUUUAGAAGGUAUCACUAAUCAACAUGUGGGUUUGAAUGUUCUUAGUGAAUUAAUUGCCGGUUAUGUAUAUACUGCAAAUCCUUUCGCCAACAUGAUUGUUAAAUUGUACCUUUUUAUUACUAUGCGAUUUGGUUUAGAUAUCUCUCGUGAUCAAAAAUUGGCAGUUUACAUGAAAGUCCCUCCCAGAACCUUAUUUUUUUAUCAAAUAUUCUUUAUUGUUUUAGCGGCUUUGGUUAAUGUUGGUGUUCAAAUAUGGAUGCUUCAUAAUGUCAAUGAUAUUUGCGUUGCUGGUACAGAAUUUUCUUGCCCUGGUGGUAAAACAAUCUUUUAUGCUAGUAUCACCUUUUCUCUAGUUCAAGAGUUAUUCAGCAUUGGUAAAAGGUAUAACGUUAUUUUAUGGUUCUUUUUAAUCGGCGCUAUUCUUCCUAUCAUUUCAUACCUUUUGAAGAAGAAAUAUCCAAGAUCUUGGGUAAGAUAUAUCAAUUUUGCAAUCUUUUUCACUGGCUCAGGAAAUAUUCCUCCUUCAACUGUUUUCAAUUAUACUUUGUUUUUCUUAACCGGUUUUUUUUUCAACUAUGUAUUGAAAAAGUACAAACCUAAUUUCCAUUUGAAGUAUAACUACGUUAUUUCUGCUGCUUUUGAUUGUGGUGUUGCUAUUAGUGCAGUUGUCAUCUUCUUGUGUAUUACUUACCCUGGUGGUAAACUCGACUGGUGGGGGAAUAACGUUCAAAAGAAUACUAAGGAUUUUGAAGCUGCACCAUUCUAUACUUUGAAGUCAGGCGAGACCUUUGGUCCUAAAACUUGGUAGUUUUCAUUUUGCUACCUAAUGCCU